CACCGGGUUGUCGAGUUCUCGUUAUCGUUGACGAGGAGCCCGGCUUGGUGUCUCCCUACUGUGUUCCUCGAAGGGUUCCUGGACCGUUUCCUAGCUGUUGGCUGGUCAACUGGGCUGCUGCGUCGUUUGCCCACGGGCCAUUAGACAGCCAGAAGCUGCCGGGAAGGCGCGCAGACUAGUGACAAGAACCGCGUGGCGCCGACUACAACAUUGAAGCCGCUUGACGUCUGGCCUGCAGCCUUAAGAGAUGUGUGGAUGUCACGGACAUUCUGGCCCGGAGAAUAACGGUCUUCCCAGGGUUUGAUCAAGCCGCAGUGCCGCGCCUACCUGAGGAAGACUGCAUUUGGCCAGCUUGUCCGAAAUGAUAGCAGGACGGAGAGAACAAACUAUGGCUCGUGUAUAUGGCGGACGCCUCUGUUGGGCUGAGUGUGGAAAAAGGGGAAAGCGCAUGGGGUAACCCACGAGCUACUAUGUCCAUCAUGUCUUCGCUGUGCAAGCCGGCAGCUGUCAUGACGACGGGAGCUGAGCGUGGACGCAUACGCAGGAGGUCUGCCAAAUGUCAUGGACCGGACUAGCCUGAGUUGACGACGGCCGUCCCCGCCCCCCAGAGUCUGCCUGCCCUGGGCAUGCCGAGUCGUCGAAGGGUGGAGGGUGAGCAGCGGCUCGGAAUAUGGGUCCCCCGAGUGAGACACUCUGGACUGACCGAGAAGCGACACACCUAGAAAGUCUGUUUUCGUCCGGAUUGGGUCAUGGCCGCGAGUUUCCCACCCGUGUCCUCCUUUGGUUCUUUGAAUUUGACUCACGGAAAAUGCUCAAGCUAGUCAGUCACACAGCCAGACGAACCCAAGCUGUGUUCGGGGGAAAUAUCAUUGGCCAAGGAACGAGACGGAAGAUGGCACUUAGCCAUAUUC